AGGUUCUCAUAGAGCUGUGAUUCUAGCGCAGUGAAUUUGCCCUCUUUCCAGAGAUUGGAUCUUGCUCUCUUUUCCAGAGAUUGGAUCGAUCGACUUCCCCUAGUGUGCGAAGGAAUGGCAAGGGUAGGGAAGAUGAUCCUUGCCGCGGCGAUGGCUGUGCUGUGCUGCUGCUCGGUCGCGUCGGCGACGAGGUACAUUGUCGGCGAUGAGGUGGGAUGGAGUGAUCCCAGCAUGAGCAAUGUGAGCUACGCGGAUUGGGCGCUCAAGCAUCGCUUCCACGUCGGGGAUUCGCUGGUGUUCAAGUACCCAUCCGAUGCUCACACGGUACUCAAGGUGAAUCGCCAGGAUUUCGAGGCGUGCCACAACUCCAAUCCCAUGGCGAGCUACAAGGACGGCGAGAGCAUCGUCCAUCUCUCCUCCGCGGGGCCUCACUGGUUCAUCUGCGGGGAGACGAGCCACUGCAACCAGGGCCAGAAGUUCGGGAUCAUGGUGGUGGAGCGCCGCGGGCGCCACAGCCGGGCUCCAUCGCCAUCGCCGGCGCCGGCUCCAUCCGCUGGCGGGGAGGUGAUGCCGGCGCCAGUGGGAGCGUCGGACGAGAUCUCGCCCGCUUCUUCGCCCGGAGGAGCGCCAGCAAUCGCUCCAGCCGCCGGUGGCGCCACCAUGACUCGUGUCUUCGCGGGCUCUUCGCUGCUCGUGAUUGUCGCGGCCCUGAUAUGAUCUGAUCGAUCGAUCGUUCGACUGGAAGGAAGAAGGAAGGGAUGGUGGAAGAAGAGUUUUUUUACUACUGGCGGUGUAAAUACCACGAUCGACAAGGAGGGGGAGAGCGAAGCGAGCAUUGGAUUGAUUGAUUCAUAUUCACAUUUGAUAGUAUGCCUUAGAUUUCUUAUGUCCUUUUUGGUUUAAGUCAAUGAGUAAAAUCUGCUUUAGUCCUUUAA